AUGGGGAUUCUCUUCACGCGGAUGUUCUCUUCUGUAUUCGGCAACAAGGAAGCUCGAAUUCUCGUUCUCGGCCUCGACAAUGCCGGCAAAACUACCAUUCUCUAUCGGCUUCAAAUGGGGGAGGUGGUCUCCACGAUCCCGACAAUUGGAUUCAACGUGGAAACUGUACAGUACAACAACAUUAAAUUCCAGGUGUGGGAUCUGGGUGGCCAGACAAGCAUCAGGCCUUACUGGAGAUGCUAUUUCCCAAAUACUCAAGCAGUGAUUUAUGUGGUUGAUUCAAGUGACACGGAUAGAAUUGGAAUAGCUAAAGAAGAAUUUCAUGCAAUUUUGGAGGAAGAAGAAUUGAAAGGGGCCAUUGUCCUCAUUUUCGCAAACAAGCAGGAUCUUCCUGGUGCGCUUGAUGAUGCUGCAGUUACUGAGGCUCUAGAGUUGCACAAGAUAAAAAACCGGCAAUGGUCCAUCUUCAAGACUUGUGCUGUUAAGGGCGAAGGCCUCUAUGAGGGAUUGGACUGGUUGAGUAAUACUCUCAAGUCAGGAGGUAGUUAA